AUCCGGCCCCAGUUGUCAAAGGAGAAGAUUGAGGGCUGUCACAUCUGUACCUCUGUUACUCCGGGAGAGCCCCAGGUCCUGCUGGGGAAGGACAAGGCCUUCACCUAUGACUUUGUCUUCGACCUGGACACGUGGCAAGAGCAGAUCUACUCGACCUGUGUGAGCAAGCUCAUUGAGGGCUGCUUCGAGGGCUACAAUGCCACAGUGCUGGCCUACGGGCAGACAGGGGCCGGGAAAACAUAUACCAUGGGCACUGGCUUUGACAUGGCGACGUCGGAGGAGGAGCAAGGCAUCAUCCCGAGGGCCAUCGCACACCUCUUUGGGGGGAUCGCCGAACGCAAGCGGCGGGCACAGGAGCAGGGUGUGGCUGGGCCUGAGUUCAAAGUCAGCGCUCAGUUUCUGGAGCUCUACAACGAAGAGAUCCUUGACCUGUUUGAUAGCACCCGUGACCCCGACGCCCGCCACCGCAGGUCCAACAUCAAGAUCCAUGAGGAUGCAAAUGGUGGCAUCUACACAACGGGCGUCACUUCUCGCCUCAUCCACUCCCAGGAGGAGCUGAUCCAGUGCCUGAAGCAGGGAGCCCUGUCACGCACCACAGCCAGCACCCAGAUGAAUGUGCAGAGCUCCCGCUCCCAUGCCAUCUUCACCAUCCACCUGUGCCAGAUGCGCGUGUGCACCCAGCCCGACCUGGUGAAUGAGGCAGUGACUGGGCUCCCUGAGGGUACAGCUCCCACGAGUGAAUAUGAGACACUCACUGCUAAGUUUCACUUUGUGGACCUGGCCGGCUCAGAGCGGCUGAAGCGGACAGGGGCCACCGGCGAGCGGGCCAAGGAGGGCAUCUCCAUCAACUGCGGCCUGCUGGCCUUGGGCAAUGUGAUCAGUGCCUUGGGGGACCAGAGCAAGAAGGUGGUGCACGUGCCCUACAGGGACUCUAAGCUCACUCGGCUCCUGCAGGACUCGCUGGGAGGCAACAGCCAGACCAUCAUGAUCGCCUGUGUGAGCCCCUCGGACCGAGACUUCAUGGAGACCCUCAACACACUCAAAUAUGCCAAUCGGGCCCGCAACAUCAAGAACAAGGUGGUGGUGAACCAAGACAAGACCAGCCAGCAGAUCAGUGCGCUGCGGGCUGAGAUUGCGCGCCUGCAGAUGGAGUUGAUGGAGUACAAGGCGGGCAAGCGGGUGAUGGGAGAGGACGGUGCCGAGGGCUACAGUGACCUGUUCCGGGAGAAUGCCAUGCUGCAGAAGGAGAAUGGGGCGCUGCGACUGCGGGUGAAGGCCAUGCAAGAGGCCAUCGACGCCAUCAACAACCGUGUCACCCAACUCAUGAGCCAAGAGGCCAACCUGCUGCUGGCCAAGGCCGGUGAUGGCAACGAGGCCAUUGGCGCUCUGAUCCAGAACUACAUCCGGGAGAUUGAGGAGCUGCGGACGAAGCUACUGGAGAGUGAGGCCAUGAACGAGUCCCUCCGCCGCAGUCUCUCCCGGGCCUCAGCUCGGAGCCCCUACUCCCUGGGUGCUUCUUCGGCUUCCCCUGCCUUCGCUGGUAGCCCAGCCAGCUCCAUGGAGGAUGCCUCUGAGGUGAUCCGCAGGGCCAAGCAGGACCUGGAGCGGCUCAGAAAGAAGGAGGUCAGGCAGCGCAGGAAGAGCCCUGAGAAGGAAGCCUUCAAAAAGAGGGCAAAACUCCAGCAGGAAAACAGCGAGGAGACGGAUGAGAAUGAGGCUGAGGAGGAGGAGGAAGAGCGAGAUGAGAGUGGCUGUGAGGAGGAGGAAGGACGUGAGGACGAAGAUGAGGACUCGGGCAGCGAGGAGAGCCUGGUGGACUCAGAUUCUGACCCCGAGGAGAAGGAGGUGAACUUCCAGGCAGACUUGGCUGACCUGACAUGCGAAAUUGAGAUCAAGCAGAAGCUGAUCGACGAGCUGGAGAACAGCCAGCGGCGGCUGCAGACGCUCAAGCACCAGUACGAGGAGAAGCUGAUUCUGCUGCAGAACAAGAUCCGUGACACACAGCUGGAGCGUGACCGUGUGCUGCAGAACCUCAGCACCAUGGAAUGUUACACGGAGGAAAAGGCCAACAAGAUCAAGGCGGAUUACGAGAAGAGGCUGCGGGAAAUGAACCGGGACCUGCAGAAGUUGCAGGCCGCCCAGAAGGAGCAUGCCCGGCUGCUCAAGAACCAGUCGCGCUAUGAGAGGGAGCUGAAGAAGCUGCAGGCCGAGGUGGCCGAGAUGAAGAAGGCCAAGGUAGCCCUGAUGAAGCAGAUGCGUGAGGAGCAGCAGCGACGGCGGCUGGUGGAGACCAAGAGGAAUCGGGAGAUCGCACAGCUCAAGAAAGAGCAGCGGCGACAGGAGUUUCAGAUCCGAGCUCUGGAGUCCCAGAAGCGGCAGCAGGAAAUAGUCCUGAGGAGGAAAACCCAGGAGGUUUCUGCAUUGAGACGCCUGGCCAAGCCCAUGUCUGAGCGGGUGGCGGGGCGUGCGGGACUGAAGCCGCCCAUGCUGGACUCCGGGGCUGAGGUGUCGGCCAGCACCACCUCAUCUGAGGCUGAAUCGGGGGCCCGCUCUGUCUCCAGCAUCGUGCGCCAAUGGAACCGCAAGAUCAACCACUUCUUGGGGGACCACCCCACACCCACUGUCAAUGGCACCCGCCCUGCCCGAAAGAAGUUCCAGAAGAAGGGGGCCAGCCAGAGCUUCAGUAAGGCUGCAAGACUCAAGUGGCAGUCCCUAGAGCGGCGGAUAAUUGACAUUGUCAUGCAGAGGAUGACCAUUGUCAACCUGGAGGCCGACAUGGAGCGGCUCAUCAAGAAAAGGGAGGAGCUGUUCCUCCUGCAGGAGGCACUGCGGAGGAAGCGGGAGCGGCUACAGGCUGAGAGCCCCGAGGAGGAGAAGGGGCUGCAGGAGCUGGCCGAGGAGAUCGAGGUGCUGGCAGCCAACAUCGACUACAUCAAUGACAGCAUCACUGACUGCCAGGCCACCAUCGUGCAGCUGGAGGAGACCAAGGAGGAGCUGGACGCAACGGACACAUCGGUGGUCAUCAGCUCCUGCUCCCUGGCAGAAGCCCGCCUCCUGCUAGACAACUUCCUCAAGGCGUCCAUUGACAAGGGGCUGCAAGUCGCACAGAAGGAGGCCCAGAUCCGGCUGCUGGAGGGCCGGCUGAGGCAGACAGAUAUGGCGGGCUCCUCCCAGAACCAUCUGCUCCUGGAUGCCCUGCGUGAGAAGGCUGAGGCGCACCCCGAGCUGCAGGCCCUCAUCUACAACGUGCAACAGGAGAAUGGCUACGCAAGCACAGAUGAGGAGAUCUCGGAGUUCUCUGAGGGAAGCUUCUCCCAGUCAUUCACCAUGAAAGGCUCCACCAGCCACGAUGAUUUCAAGUUCAAGGGUGAGCCCAAGCUGUCUGCCCAAAUGAAGGCUGUGUCGGCUGAGUGCCUGGGACCCCCACUGGAUAUCUCCACAAAGAACAUCACCAAGUCCCUGGCCUCCCUUGUUGAGAUCAAAGAGGACGGAGUAGGUUUCUCUAUCCGAGACCCCUACUACCGGGACAAGGUCUCACGCACCGUCAGCCUGCCUACCCGGGGCAGCACUUUCCCCCGGCAGUCCCGAGGUGCAGAGACAUCCCCUCUGACGAGAAGGAAGUCAUAUGACCGAGGGCAGCCCAUUAGGUCCACAGAUGUGGGAUUCACGCCCCCGUCGUCCCCUCCCACUCGACCCCGCAAUGAUCGCAACGUCUUCUCUCGUCUCACCAGUAAUCAGAGCCAGGGGUCGGCACUAGACAAGUCUGAUGACAGCGACUCCUCUUUGUCGGAGGUCCUGAGGGGCAUCAUCUCCCCUGUUGGAGGAGCCAAAGGUGCGCGAACAGCCCCGCUGCAGUGUGUCUCCAUGGCCGAGGGCCACACCAAGCCCAUCCUCUGCCUGGAUGCCACGGAUGAGUUGCUGUUCACAGGAUCCAAAGACCGCAGCUGCAAGAUGUGGAACUUGGUCACAGGGCAAGAGAUCGCAGCUCUAAAGGGCCACCCCAACAAUGUGGUCUCCAUCAAGUACUGCAGCCACUCGGGGCUUGUGUUCUCUGUGUCCACCUCCUACAUCAAGGUGUGGGACAUCCGAGACUCAGCCAAAUGCAUUCGGACCCUCACGUCCUCGGGCCAGGUGAUAUCAGGGGAUGCCUGUGCUGCCACAUCCACGCGCGCCAUCACCAGCGCCCAGGGGGAGCAUCAGAUCAACCAGAUUGCCCUCAGCCCUUCAGGCACCAUGCUGUAUGCCGCCUCAGGCAAUGCCGUCCGCAUCUGGGAGCUUAGCAGGUUCCAGCCUGUUGGGAAGCUGACCGGCCACAUCGGCCCUGUUAUGUGCCUGACGGUCACCCAGACCUCCAGCCAGCAUGACCUUGUGGUGACAGGCUCCAAGGACCACUAUGUUAAGAUGUUUGAGCUGGGUGAGUGUGUGAUGGGCACCAUCGGCCCCACCCACAACUUCGAACCCCCGCACUACGACGGCAUCGAGUGUCUUGCCAUCCAGGGUGACAUCCUGUUCAGUGGCUCCCGAGAUAACGGCAUCAAGAAGUGGGACCUGGACCAGCAGGAGCUCAUCCAGCAAAUCCCCAAUGCGCACAAGGACUGGGUGUGCGCCCUGGCCUUUGUCCCGGGUCGUCCCAUGCUGCUGAGUGCCUGCCGUGCAGGUGUCAUCAAGGUCUGGAACGUAGACAACUUCACGCCCAUUGGUGAGAUCAAGGGCCAUGACAGCCCCAUCAAUGCCAUCUGCACCAAUGCCAAGCACAUCUUCACAGCCUCCAGUGAUCUGACGGUGAAGUUCUGGAGCGUACGGCGGCUACCCCACAGUGGCCCACCCUAGGAUUGGGGUCAGAGGGACACCCCCCGGACCCUCAGUCCCGGCAGCCUGGACAGCAUGGAAGGGAAGCCGUGGCUGGGCCCGACGGGGCCAGCUCUUCUGGGGACUGGGUGCGGACUCCUCUCCUGCCCUCCUUUCUCUCACUUGGCCUUCCCACGGGAUACUGUUCCCCGAGUCCUUCCCCUGCCUCUUGGGAGCCUCUCCGUGAGAGAGGUUGGGGAGAAAAUUAAGCUGUGAAGCCAAAGGGCAUUAUCCCCGCCUGUCCCUCCCGGGCAGCCUUUGCUCCUGCUGAGCCAGCCCUGCCCCUUCCUCAAGGCCUCUGGCCCAGCCGUGGUGGGCCCUGGGGGAAGGUGAAGUACCCAGUCCCAUCGUGCCCCUCCCAGGAGCUGGCCUCCCCCCUCAUCUUCCAGCUCAGCCUCUGGAGCCACUGUACCUGCCUCUGAGCCCAGAAAGAGAGUCCUCAGGUAACCAUGGAAACCAGGUGGCGGCAGCUGGGCCUUGAAGCCGACACUUAACCCUCUGGCCACCAACAACGAGUCCCGGUUGGCCCCAGCAAUUCCCUGGGAUCCCUUUCUGAUGGGGCCAAGGUGGAGCUGCCAGAAAGAUUCCUUGGGGGGAGAUGGUCAGGAAUACUUCAGUUAUUUAU